UAUCCAAACUGUCUCUGCUUACAUACUCGCAUGCGUCAUGCCCCUCCUACUGUUCUCAAGACAUACAUAAUCUCUCCAAGCAACUGGACAAUUCUGAGAUCACACGGACCCUCUGCCCGAAAAGCAGAAGCAGAUAUCCUCAACACACCGAUAGAAAACAAUGGCAGGAGUGGAGGUUCCAAGGGUAAAGCUUGGAAGCCAAGGACUGGAGGUAUCCAAGUUGGGGUUUGGAUGCAUGGGCUUGACUGGUGCCUAUAACUCUCCACUUUCCGAAGAAGAUGGCAUCACCAUAAUUAAGGAUGCUUAUAGCAAGGGAGUCACCUUCUUUGAUACAGCCGACGAGUAUGGACGAAAUGCUAAUGAAGUUCUGGUGGGAAAGGCCUUGAAGCAGCUCCCGAGAGAAAAUAUUCAGCUUGCCACUAAGUUCGGUUUAAUGAGAGUGGAGGCUUCUAAGGUGGUGGUUAAGGGUAGCCCUGAAUAUGUGCGAUCAUGUUGCGAAGCUAGCUUGAAGCGCCUAGGUGUGGAAUACAUUGAUCUGUAUUAUCAGCAUCGAGUGGACACUUCAAUUCCCAUUGAAGAAACUAUGGGAGAACUUAAGAAACUUGUGGAAGAGGGGAAAAUAAAGUAUAUCGGUCUGUCUGAGGCGAGCCCAAGCACGAUUAGACGAGCUCAUGCAGUUCAUCCCAUUACGGCAGUACAAAUGGAGUGGUCUCUCUGGAGUCGUGAUAUUGAGGAGGAGAUAGUUCCGUUAUGCGGGGAUCUUGGUAUUGGAAUAGUUCCAUACAGUCCGCUUGGCCGUGGCUUCUUUGGUGGCAAAGCUGUCCUUGAAAGCUUGCCUUCUGACAGUAGACUGGCUAUGUACCCUCGAUUCAAAAAGGAGAACCUGGAUAAGAACAGAAACCUUUAUACUCGGAUGGAUAAUCUUGCCAAGAAACACGGGUGCACCCCAGCGCAAUUAGCUCUAGCAUGGGUUCUUGGACAAGGAGACAUGGUUGUACCAAUCCCUGGGACAACUAAGAUUAAGAACUUGGAUGACAAUAUCGGCUCUCUCAAACUAAAGCUUACCGAGGAAGAUCUGAAAGAGAUCUCUGAUGCUGUACCUGUCAAUGAGGUAGCCGGAGAUAGAACCUUCGAGAGCACCACUGAAGUGACUUGGAAGUUUGCUAAUACACCUUUACCAAUUCAGAAAGUCUGAGCCCAAGCUGGCCGGGCAAUUUAAGCUUUGGUCCACUGAGCAACAAUGUAGUAUGGGAGCACUGAUAGAGAAAAAGAGAAGAUGACUCGUGAACUCUGGCAAUGCUUCUGCUCCUAUGGCAGCGAAAUAAAUGUGCCGUGCCUGUUGGAGAGAGCACUUCUCUCCCUUCAUCUCUCCCCUUAAAGCAUAAAAAUAACAUGCGCAUGCCUUGUUUUUGGAUUGUGAUGCCUUUCCGUUUCCAUAUGAUCUUGUCAAUUUUCUGUCCCGUUAGGGAAGAGAUGGUUUCAACCCAGGAAAUUUUAGUCUGCAGCUAGCUCAUCAAUCAUCAAAUAAUCAAGAUUUAUGCAGAAUCUUACCCUGCGCUUGGAUUUCAGUGCUAAGUCUGGAAGUGUCAGGAAUAUAUGAUGUCGAAUUUGUUUCGGUUUCAACUAAGAAAAAAGAUAAGCGAAGAACUAGUGCUUUGUUAUCCCUGGGUAAUCAAACAGAACUCACUAUACAAUGCUUGU